GGUGCGUCACGCGGCGGCACGUUUCAAUUGUUUGUAGCAGCACUCAAAUGAGAGACUGGUUUGAUUAAUCCCAUAACGUUAGCCACCGUUUUCUCAAUAACGUCGUUAUGAUUUACAAAUGUUCCAGCCACCGAAAACUGAAUGUCAGUGGAUGAAGAAAACGAGCUACAAUGGAAGAGGAGGGACCAAUCAACUUCAAAGCUCUGAGGGCAAAGUUUCAGGAGGAAGCCAUUCUGGCUCAAACCAAAACCAGCCGACCAGCUGUUGCUGAGAAGCCCAAACACCUCCCUCCUCCUGGAGGCCAUUGCAGCUCUGUGGUUAGCGGCAUCAACAUUGCAGUGGAAAACAAGACACCGGUAGUUCCCCGGGUCAUCUUCAGGGAUGGGUUACGGGCAUCAGAGGGCAAGCGCCCAAUUUCCUAUCCACCACAACUUCAGCAGAUCUCCCCACCGUCCCGGCUUGGUGGUGGAGACGGCACAACAAAGCAGUCCCUCAAAGACAGACACAUGCCUUUGGUGCUUCCAGUUCCGCCUGUAAAAGAGCAGAACACAGAGCCACCAGCUGCCAAAGAGCACAAACCAGAACCAGAGCCUCAGAGAGAAGUCCUGCCACAAACCAAAAUCAAGAAGAAAGGUUUGCUGCUUCCCUUCAAGUCAACCAAAGCGACAAAGGUCACUGUUGAAAGUAGAGAAGAGCCCACCUAUGCUGAUUUGACCAUUAGACCUGCAAGUGCUCCUGGGGAGUUGCCCUCCAUGGACAGACAGAGGCCAGAAGAUGGGAUUUCUCUCCAAGGAGACAGUUCAACCAUGGAGCGUCCCCCAUCCAGCCCAGAUAUCCCCAUCACCCCUCCUUCAACAGAAAGUGGGGAGUCUGACAACCGAAUUAGUAGCACCUUGGAGCGAGCCAAGAAGAAGUUCUCACGUCGGCAGUUGUUGAUCUACGCCAAACCCAAGAGUUUUCGUUCCACUGAUAAGAACUCCACUGACAAGGCAGCCGCUUCACCACCAAAGGAUGUUCAAAGCACUGAGCCUGAGGUCUCCAUGCCCCCACCAGUCUGUCUUCCACACCUUGCUUGUAUUUCAGCCCGUCCCUUCUUCAAAGCAAAUGGCUCUGCGCGCACGUCUACAUUGGAUAAACAGUUUUGCAAAGACAGAGUUGAACUUCCCUCUGUGAGAUGUGAUGAACCUCUUCGACCUUCUACUCCUCCCAAGAAGCCUCUACCUGACCUCAGUGCAAUCGGACCCUCGCCAGUAAAGCCCCCUAGACCUCCACGGGUAGAUCUGAGUUGUCACCGUCAAGCCGCCAUUCAGAAGGUGUCACCAGGCCUUAGCCAUGCACCAAGUGAGGAGCCAGCUUCUGAGCAAACGUCCAUCUCCAACCCUGUACUGGAUGCUCCAGAGUUUCCAGACUUUGAGAAUUCAGAGGUGGAAACUGCAGAGGGAGAAGCUAUUGAUAUCGCUGCUCUGGAGCUGGAGGCCUUCGACUUGGUCAGCUUUGAACAUCCUGGCCCAGCUGACUUUGGGGUUUCACAUUUUGGAGACCUGCAGCCUGACUUGCAAGUAUCUGAGCCUCCAGAGUCCACUAGCUUUAGCUUGAACCUCGACAGUCAGAGCUUAAUACCACCAGAUCCAGCUGGCCUCCCUGACCCACUAAACCUAUCUGAGCUGCCAGAGCCAGUGGUACCAGAGCUUUGGUCUCGGAGCGAAGAGGGGAUUGUACCUCCUCCUCCUCCUCCUCCUGAACCUCAAACUGAUUUGGCGGCUUCUGAGCUGCAGUCUGUCACAGAGGAAACAGACCAUGGUAACCAUGCAGCAUUGAAUGACACUCAGCCACAGUCAGAUGUCUGUCAGCAGGACAGCUGCUACGAAGCAUGUAAUGUGUAUGAGGAUGUCGAAAACAUCAACAAAUUCAUUUCUGGCCUGAACUCACGUAAAUGUAAAGGUGGACCAAAGAAUCCAUAUGCUGACAACCACCCAGUGAGGGAGGAGGCGCGUCUUAACAUAUGGCCCCGGAAUCCAUGGGGCAGUAUAUCAGGGGAACAUAAUCAUUCAACCCACACUCGUGUCCACAGCCCUGACACUGCUGACUAUAAAGAACAGAAAAAGAAAGAGAAGCAACGACUAGAGAAGGAGAAGAAAGAGCUAAAGGAAAGGGAGAAGAAGGAAAAUGAGAUGAAAAAGAAGUUCAAAGUAACUGGUGAGGAGGAGCCCAUGUACCAUGCCAAGGUGAUGGUGGCCAGUAAAGUUCGUAAGAACGACCUGCCUGUGAAGAGCGGGGACACAGUGAGCAUUAUCCGCACCACUAACUGCCCCAAAGGCAAAUGGCUGGCCCGAGAUGCCAACCAUAAGUAUGGUUAUAUUUCAGUGAUGAAUGUGGAGCUAAACAUCAAGGAGAUGCUGGAGCUUGGAAAAAAGGCCCAAGCAGCUGGGAGAGGAGGCAACAUGGAGGGAGAUACCAUCAGCAUUGGCAGCAGAUCCUCCAGCCAUCCCAUAAUGACAAGCAGCUUCACAGAUGAUAGCGAGGAGUGGGCAUAUGAAGACGAGACCAUCUCUCCCUCUGCUGACAGCCAUAGCUUUCAGCAGCGGACUGAUUCAAUGCCUGAGAUGUCGAGCGGCCAUACCAGUGCCCUGCACACUCUCAGCGAUGCCAACCCAGAGGACCUACACACACAGACCAGACAUGAAGCUCUGCAGAAACUCGCCAUCUUCCUCCAGCACAACAAAGAUGAAUUCAGUGACAAUGGCGAGUCAACCCCAACAAACACUGAGCCGCCAGGAUUCUUGUGUGUUGUCGAGGAGCCCCUGUAUCCUGACCAGGAAGUUGACUUCACAGACUUGGAACUCCUUCCUCCCCCUCCUCUAUAUGCUGACACCUUCUGAUCAGCUAAAACAACAAAACCCAUGACGCUGAAGAAAGCAUCAAGAAGUGGAGCCUCUGUUCUGACUGCUAUAAUUUAGUUAACACCUUUUUGUUGAGUUUGUUACUUUUUCACUUUGUUUUUUCAUGUUUUGGAGUAAUGUGUUUCUGUUAAGUCUAAACAAUGCACUAACUGAAUCACUGCCCUUUGUCCAAAGUGCAGUGACAUAAAGUUGGCACUCAACUGAUCACUUGAGGUAGCUUAUGUUUGAGCAUAACUUUCUUUUGUUUGUGUAUUGUUUGUAAAUAUGUUCAAAUGUCAAAUAAAUGUUUUUCACAUCAAU